CGGAAAAUGAUUAUUAACAAGGAGGCCUUUCUUACCAGGGCCCUUUCUUUCCAGUUCAGUAAUUAACUGCAUACCAUACAAGAGUCACUCUAUCCAAUGGCACCGACAAGAUAUGCCCAGGUUGGCACUGGCAGCCGUGCCAGCUUCUUCUACACUGCUAUCGCUCGGGAUUUCCAGAGUGAAGCGACACUGGUUGCCUUUUGCGACACAAACCAAACCCGCAUGGAUUAUGCCAGUGAUAACAUUGAGAAAAUUACAGGACAGAAGGUUCCAACCUACAAGGCAGCCGACUUUGAUCGCAUGAUCGAAGAAACCAAACCGGAUCAAGUUAUCGUCACAACCAUCGACCGCACCCACCAUGCAUAUAUCAUUCGGGCAAUGGAACUUGGCUGUGAUGUUAUCAGUGAGAAGCCCAUGACGACCGACGAAACGCACUGUCAGGAAAUCCUCGAUGCUGUGAAGCGUACUGGCCAGAAAUUGCGGGUGACUUUCAACUAUCGCUACGCACCACACAACACCAAGAUCCGCGAAUUACUCGCUGAUAACACUAUCGGCCAGGUGUUUUCGGUUCACUUCGAAUGGCUACUGAACACCCAGCAUGGUGCCGAUUACUUCCGUCGCUGGCAUCGGGAUAAGCGUAACAGCGGAGGCCUGCUCGUUCACAAGUCGACGCAUCACUUUGAUCUGGUAAAUUUCUGGCUGGCGAGUCAACCAAAAACGGUUUUCGCCUUGGGGGAGCUGAACUUUUACGGAAAAGAGAACGCAGAGAAGCGCGGCGAGGAGAAGUUUUACUCCAGGGCCCAUGGUAGCGAAGCUGCUAAGGAUGAUCCUUUUGCGCUGCACAUGGAGGAUCACCCGGAACUAAAGUCGCUGUACUUGGAUGCAGAAAAGGAAGAUGGGUACUAUCGUGAUCAAAGUGUAUUUGGGGACGGCAUUAAUAUCGAAGACACCAUGGGCGUGAUUGUGAAAUACCAAUCUGGUGCUAUGCUCACCUACAACCUGGUUGCAUAUUCCCCACUGGAGGGGUUUAGAGUUUGCUUCAACGGUAGCAAGGGCCGCCUCGAGGUGAACGUGAUAGAGAAAUCAUACGUAAAUGGAGGUGGUGAUCGGGACUUGGAAGGUGCCGUGGAUGAAAUCGAGAUUACGGUGCAUCCCUUGUUCGGAGAGUCGUACAAGGUGCCUAUUGACCAGGGACAAGGGGGGCAUGGUGGUGGCGAUCCUGUCCUACUCAACGAUCUCUUUGGUCAACCUGCGCCUGACAGAUUUAACCGCGCUGCAUCGCAUAUCGAUGGAGCCAUGUCCAUUCUCACAGGAAUAGCCGCCAACCAGUCGAUUCGUACAGGGCAGGCGGUGCAGGUUGACGGAUUAGUUAAAUUUUAGAGCAUGCUGUAAAUAAAAUAUAACUCUGUG